AUGGAGCCAGCCGAGCAACCAGAGCCACAAGAGGAACCGAAAAUCGUCAAGGCUCCGCGAAAAAAUGCGAGGAAAGAGGUGGCGGUGAAAAAAGUGCGACCCAAGGGCCGCAAUUUGAUUGUUCCCAACUCGCGAAUGAUGUUUGAGAAUGUGGUGAGGGAAAUUGGCUGGAAAUAUGGGAGAUUUGAUGAUUUUGGCUGAAAAUUCAGUUUUCCUAGCUGAAAAUGAAGGAUUCUAGCUGGAAACGCUGAUUUUCAGCUGCAGCUCGCUGUAAUUCACAAUUUCGAGCUGGAAAUCAAGGUUUUCAGCAAAAAUAGAGCUUUCUGGCUGAAAAUCCUGUUUUUCUAGCUGAAAAUGUUACAUUUUGGCCGGAAAAGCUGAUUUUCAGCUGCAGCUUGCUGUAAUUCACAAUUUCGAGCUGGAAAUCAAGGUUUUCAGCAAAAAUAGAGCUUUCUGGCUGUAAAUCCUGUUUUUCUAGCUGGAAAUGUUAAAUUUUGGCUGGAUAAGCUGAUUUUCAGCUACAGCUUGCUGUAAUUCACAAAUUUUCAGCUGGAAAUCAAGGUUUUCAGCAAAAAUAAUGAUUUUUAGCUGAAAAUACCCAAAUUUACACUCAAAAUCAUCCAUUUUCCAUCAAAAACCCCAAUUUUUUUACUCAAAAACCCAGAAUUUAACUUCAGGACGCGCUCAUCGACGGUCGUUUCUAUUGUCGAAUCUGCAGUUCGACGUACAAGACUGUGGCGACAUUGGUGGCACAUCUACGACAAAUUCAUUUGAAAUCCGAAUCGAUUUGUCAGGAACCGGGAUGUGAUCAGUGAGAAUUUCGCAAAAAAUCAUGCAAAAUCCGAGUUUUUCGGUGAAAAAUGCGAUUUUUGCAAGUCUGGCACGGUUUUCUACGAGAAAAACUGUGUCAGGCUUGCGAAAUCAUGAAAAAUGCGAUUUUUGCAAGUCUGGCACGGUUUUCUAUGGGAAAAACUGUGCGAGGCUUGCAAAAUCAUGAAAAAUGCGAUGUUUGCAAGUCUGCCACGGUUUUCUAUGGGAAAAACUGUGCCAGACUUGCAAAAUCAUGAAAAAUAGCGAUUUUUGCAAUCCUGGCACGGUUUUCUAUGGGAAAAACUGUGCCGGGCUUGCAAAAUCAUGAAAAUUGCGAUUUUUGCAAGUCUGCCACGGUUUUCUAUGGGAAAACCUGUGCCAGACUUGCAAAAUCAUGAAAAAUAGCGAUUUUUGCAAUCCUGGCACGGUUUUCUAUGGGAAAAACUGUGCCAGGCUUGCAAAAUCAUAAAAAAUGCGAUUUUUGCAAGUCUGGCACGGUUUUCUAUGGGAAAAACUGUGCCAGACUUGCAAAAUCAUGAAAAAUAGCGAUUUUUGCAAGUCUGGCACGGUUUUCUAUGGGAAAAACUGUGCCAGGCUUGCAAAAUCAUGAAAAAUGCGAUUUUUGCAAGUCUGCCACGGUUUUCUAUGGGAAAAACUGUGCCAGACUUGCAAAAUCAUGAAAAAUAGCGAUUUUUGCAAUCCUGGCACGGUUUUCUAUGGGAAAAACUGUGCCGGGCUUGCAAAAUCAUGAAAAUUGCGAUUUUUGCAAGUCUGCCACGGUUUUCUAUGGGAAAACCUGUGCCAGACUUGCAAAAUCAUGAAAAAUAGCGAUUUUUGCAAUCCUGGCACGGUUUUCUAUGGGAAAAACUGUGCCAGGCUUGCAAAAUCAUAAAAAAUGCGAUUUUUGCAAGUCUGGCACGGUUUUCUAUGGGAAAACCUGUGCCAGACUUGCAAAAUCAUGACAAAUGCAAGCCUGGCACAGUUUUUCAUGAAAAUUUCCAAUUUUUCGAUCUGAAAAUCUGAAAAUCACCGAAUUUUCAGCCACGCAAUGACACGUAGCGAACGCCAACGUCACCAAAAAAUCCACGACAAUGAGCGAUAUCAAAAAAUGCUGCAAAAACAAAUGGAAAAAGAUCGAAGUUUGAUGGAGGUUCCGAUGAUUGUGAGUAUGCUGAAAAUCAUGGAUUUUUGGCUGAAAAUGAGCUGAAAAUCAAGAAAUUUCGUCAAAAUUGAUGAAUUUUGAUAUAAAAUAACCCUAGAAUCAAUUUUAUAUCAAAAUUCAUGAUUUUUGGCCAUUUUUCUUGAUUUUCAGCUUAAAAUUGGCUGAAAAUUGCGAUUUUUAGCUGAAAAUCACGAAUUUCCAGCUGAAAAACAAGAAAUUUGGUCAAAAAUCAUGAAUUUUGAUAUAAAAUUUAUCUUAGGCUUAAUUUAUAUCAAAAUUCAUCAUUUUUGGCCAUUUUUCUUGAUUUUCAGCUCAAAAUUUGAUGAAAAUCGCGAUUUUCAGCCCAAAAUCCCCAAUUUUCCUUACAGAAAUCCCAACUUUUCCCCGACACGCUUCAACAAAACAACAAAGAAAUUCAAGGAAUGUUCAAGAGUUUCGACGUGGAAAAGUCAAAAGUGAUGUACACGUGCCAAGUUUGUGCACACAAUUUUCAUCAUCCAUUUCAUGCCGCCAAACAUGUCGAAUGUCAUAAGUGAGUUUUCAGCUGAAAUUCUGAAAAUUUGGCUGAAAUUGAAGAUUUUGAAGAUUUUUCAUCUGAAAAUCGUGAAAAACGCGAAAAUUCCACGUUUUUUGACACCAAACAAGCGGGAUUACUGUAGCUCUCGUAGAAGUACUGUAGUUUUUUCUCUAAUACAGUAAUCUAGGGUUACUGUAGAAAUUACUGUAUUGUUUAUUGAAUCUACAGUAAUCCUAGAUCUUCUACAGUACCCCCUCUAUCAAAUUUGGUAUCAAAAUGCUCCAAAUUUCGACCUACAGUAACCCAGAUCUACAGUACUCACCUGAAAAUACCGUGAAAUUCUCAAAAACCCGAUUUUCGAGCUGAAAAUCGCUGAAAUUGUGCGAUUUCUCCAGAUGUUUUUCCAGAUUUUCCGAGCAUUUUGGAAAAUUGGGUUUUUUAGGCCCAGGGCCAUUUCAGGCCCAAAAAUCGUUGAAAGCAGGCUUUUUCAGGCCUAAGGCUUAAAAAUGAUGAAAAAUCCAAGAUUCUGAUCCAAAAUUCGUGAAAAUUGGGCCUUUCUGGGCCUAGGUCCGAUCCCGGACCAUUUCAGGCUUAAAAAUGAUGAAAAAUCCAAGGUUCUGCACCAAAAUUUAUGAAAAUUGGGCCUUUCUAGGCCUAAGCCCGAGCCCGGACCAUUUCAGGCCUAAAAAUGAUGAAAAAUCCAAGUUUCUGAUCCAAAAUUUGUGAAAAUUGGGCCUUUCUAGGCCUAAGCCCGAGCCCGGACCAUUUCAGGCCUAAAAAUGAUGAAAAAUCCGAGUUUCUGAUCCAAAAUUUGUGAAAAUUGGGCCUUUCUAGGCCUAAGCCCGAGCCCGGACCAUUUCAGGCUUAAAAAUGAUGAAAAAUCCAAAAUUCGUGAAAAUUGGGCCUAAGCCCGAGCCCGGACCAUUCUAGGCUUUAAAAUGAUGAAAAAUCCAAAAUUCGUGAAAAUUGGGCCUAAGCCCGAGCCCGGACCGUUUUAGGCUCAAAAUUCUUCAUUUUUAACCAAAUUUGCAUCAAAAACCAUCAUUUUUAUCAGAAAAAUCUGAAAUUUUUCCAGCAAAGCUCCCGAAUCGUGUUAUUAUUGUGGAAGUAUUCGAAAUGGAGCUCUCGACGUUCAAAUGCACAACGUGAAAAAGCACCAAAAAGAUGCCGUUCGUGUUUAUAAAUGUGCAAAGUGUGCCAAACAAUACACGUCAUUUCAAGCGUUUCAACAACAUUGGAAGGUUUUGAAUCGAACAGGUGCGGUUACUGUAGUUAACUGUAGGUUUUGGCGCGAAAAAUGAUGAAUUUUGAUACUAAAUAAGCCUAUGCUCGGCGAAAUUCCACGUGGAAAAAUUUGAAUUUGAAAAAUUUCGCGCCAAAAACCUAGCCACCUACAGUAAUCCUGUGAUUUUUCAGGCUGCAAACAAUCGGAUAUGACUCAGGACGUGUAUUUUGGCGAGUUGCCAGAUACAGUAAUCAUUGAUGGAAUUACGCAACGUGAGUUUGGGUACUGUAGAUUUUUAGCGCGCGCGAAAAAUCCACGUUUUUUGACACCAAAUAUGACUAGGUUUUGAUCUACAGUAAUUUUUGAGCUACAGUACUCAUGUUUGGACUCAAAAUGCUCCAAAUUUCGUGGCGAGACCCAAAAUCUACAGUACCCCAUCGAAUUUGGACUCAAAAUGCUCCAAAUUUCGUGGCGAGACCCAAAAUCUACGGUACCCCUGUCGAAUUUGGACACAAAAUGCUCCAAAUUUCGUGGCGAGACCCAAAAUCUACGGUACCCCUGUCGAAUUUGGACUCAAAAUGCUCCAAAUUUCGUGGCGAGACCCAAAAUCUACAGUACCCCUGUCGAGUUCGGGCUCAAAAUGUUCCAAAUUUCGUGGCGAGACCCAAAAUCUACAGUAUCCCUCCAAAAUCACAAUUUUUUCCUCCAGAAUUGGUCGAUCAACAACGCCAGCAAAAUUUGAUGCGAAAAAAAAUGCUGGAAAAUGCGGACCCCGAAAAAUUGAUGGUCCCAAUUGCCAAGACGAUGGUACAAAAUGAAAAAAGGCGAAAAAUGUUUUCUGGAGCUGCAAAAAGUGAGUUACAGUACCCAAAAAUGCUCCAAAUUUCCCGCCAAAACCUACAGUAACCCUUUUGCAGCCAGCUCCAAUUUCACCAACCAACAACAAAUCCGACAAUUUCUACUUUCACGCUCUUCCAACCAUGGAAAUGGGUGAAAAAAUGCCGAAUUUUGGAGGCGGCGCAGGCGCUCAGCCUCAAUUAUAUAGCGGAACUCCGGUUUAUAUGGCUCAAAAUGGGGUGAGUUUUGAAUUUUUGGGUGAAAAUGAGCCUGAAAUCGUGAAAAUCGGCCCAAAAUGAGCCUAGAAUCAUGAACAUGCAAUUUUUAAGGCCUUGAAGGCUCAUUUUAGGCCUAUUUUUAGGCUCGUUUUAAAGGCCCUAAACUGCUUAUUUUAAGGCCUAUUUUGAGGACCUGAACUUCUUAUUUCAGGCCUAUUUUUAGGCUCAAAAUCCCCAUUUCCACCAAAAAUCCCGAAUUUCCAGGCCUACUUCUAUCAUGCUCCACAAUUUUUUGCUCCAAACUCGCCGCCGGCUCCUCAAUUUUUCGCCACCGCCACCACUGCUGCCACGUCAUCACAACACGCCGCACCAAUUUCACCCACAUUUUUAUUCGUACCCGCCGGAGCUGCGCCGCCCACAAAACAUCCGUUUUUGACACCCACCCAUACACCACCCGCACCGUCAUAUUUGGUGCAAAAAGGUGAGCUACAGUACUCUUGACGCGUCAAAAAUCCACGUUUUUUGACACCAAACAUGACGUAUAUUUGAUCUACAGUACCCAUUUCGCACCAGGACCCAAAAUCUAGUCGAAUUUGGGCUCAAAAUGCUCCUUUCGACCUACAGUACCCCCCAAAAAUUAUCGAUUUUUCUCCAGAACCUUCUACUUCAAUUUCUUCCCAAGACCAGCCAACAAAAGGACUUGUGAUGCCGUGUUUGAGUGAAUUCGGAAUGCCGUCCGAUUGUGAUGAUUUUGGAAUUGGUGAGCUUUGGGGAAAAUUUGGGUUACUGUAGUUUUUGGCGCGCGAAAAAUGAGCGAAAAAUUGAGCAUUUUGAUACAGUACCCCCUUUUGACGCAAAAAUUAUUUGAAAUUCAAAAAUUUUUGCAGAUCUUCUCAACGAUGAUCCGGAUUUUUCCAAAGUUUUUAGCAUUAUCUGA